GUUGAAACAAUGUCAUGACAAGAACAAGUAUGACUCGAUGCAGAAAACUUCAUGGUUGGUUACUGUAUAGUUUUCGAUCGCGAAAACAUGAAUCUUGGUUGGAAGGAACCAAACUGUACCGAUGAAGUGUUAUCCAAUACAAGACCUAUAAACAAAUCUCACUCUCUUGCUGUUUCCCCUGCUAUUGCUGUAAAUUAUAUGGCUAGACCAGAACCAUCAAGUAAUACUGGUAGAUUUUCACCUAGCCAGUCAUUUAGGAUGAAGCCUUCUUUUGCAUAUAUGGUGCUCCUUUUUUCACUUAUAGCCAUUUUUAGCUUCUUUCUAGCAUUCCCUUACGUAUGUGUUUGUUUAAAUUAAUAGGGCUUUUUAAUUUUGUUAUA